UACUCUCUCGGACUCAGCUUGAGAAAUGCCUAGAAAGCCUUUGAUGCAGGCAGCAGUUCCUGUCCACCGUCCUGGUGCACCUCAGCGGUGGCUGCCUUGUGCCAGCUGGGCACAGGCAGCUCAGACCCUGCCUUAGCGUUGCCCGCUCAGAAGUAGCAGGACAGGCAUGCCCCGCAGGGCUGGCAUGUCCCUCUAGGGUGGUGCUGUGCUCCACAGCUCCUUUAUCCCUACAGAGCACUGCUUUGGUUUGGUGAUGCUCAUUAAAGGGCUGUCUAGGAACCCCAGCUGAGCAGUCUUUGUGUGAGGUUUGUACAGGAAAGCGUUCAGCUGCUCCUGAUCCCAGAGAGCUCUGUCUGUCUGCAACAGGUCCCCGUGGCCCCUGCUGAUCCCUGUUCUGGGCCUGUGUUGUGUGGGAGGAAGCCCUGUCUCUGUGAGCUGGGUCCUGUGUCAGAGCAGGAUCCUUUGGGUGGGUGCAGCUGACUUGGGUUGUCAUGCCAGGGGCUUUGGCAGGUGAACGUAGCUUGUGGCCUGGUCAGUCCGGGUGGAGGCAGUAACCAUCCCAGGCUCUUCCCAGCAGUGUCCCCGGCUUUCUCUUCUUGUCUGUUCUGCUGUUCACCUUCCACUUCUGUUAGACCCCAGACGUGUUCUCUGCUCUGUGUGUGGAGCUCUCAGUGUUGUCCGGUCUGUUCUGACUGUGUGCCCAGGGACGGGGUUAUGGGCUGCAUUCAGGUCCUGAGUCUGCUGUCUGGUUGCUCCCAGGUGUGGGGAUGCUUAGCGGAACCAAAGGCAGGAGUUUUCUCUUCUCUGGCAUAAAAUCUCUCAUCUGCCUCAUCCCAGCCUGUCCCUAUUCCCUGUUGGGCCUCUGCUUCUCUCCUGGAAGUUGGCCUUUCCAGGAUCAGCUUCUUUGGGGGAGGGUCUAGAACGAAGUGUCACAUCUGCCCCCAGGCAGUUACUUGUAAAUUCUCUCUGUUUUUGAUGGAUCGUUGUACCAAGAGUUGCUUCUGAAAUCUCUGAAUUCAUCUUAAUCGGAGCGUUGGGGCUGGGGGAAGCCACUGUGGGAGGUUGUCAGAAUGGGAUGGGCAGUGUCUGUGGGGCAGUCUGGCCCUUUGGUUGUGCAGGACUUCCCAGCACCUGCCUCCUGCUGCCUUUCCUCAGUGGCUGAUGCGGGGCUGAAGCGAGCCUCUCCCUGCGGUCACUGAGUGCCUGGCUGUGGAGUUGUGCUUUGGCGUGCUCUCUUGGCACUGAUCUGGGACCCAUAGGCCAGUGCCGUUCCUCUCCAAGCCCCCACAGGAGCAAGAGCAGCUGGCUCCUUCCACUGCCCCUCUGCUAGCCCUCGUUCUGCCCGUCUCUGCUCUCACACUGGUUCGGGUGGGGCUGUUUGUAGGUUCUUUUUUCUUUUUUUUUUUUUUUUUUUGCUACAACGAAAAGCAAACUGUUUUUUUCUUUUCUGAGCUAGUGUGUUGUAUCUUGACAUGUUCCCUUGCAAUAUCCCUAUCGUUAUAUAUUCCUCUGUGCCGUAUGAAUUGGCUGGGAAUCUCCUCCUGCAACCCCUCCUCAAACAACCAUGUGAAUUUCCAAACCAACCAAUGCGUGACGCUGGCUGCUGCGCUGGUUUGAAAAUCUGAUUGGUGAAUGAUGAAUUCCCUGUCUGCCUGGGCCAGCAGCGGAGUCGACAGAGCAGCAGAAGGGCCAAGAGUGUGGAGGACGACGACGAGGGGCAUCUGAUCUAUCGCGUCGGCGACUGGCUACAAGAAAGAUAUGAGAUUAUUAGCACCUUAGGGGAAGGCACGUUCGGCAGAGUGGUGCAGUGCAUGGAUCACCGGAGGGGUGGUGCACGUGUUGCUCUCAAAAUCAUUAAAAACGUGGAGAAAUACAAAGAGGCUGCCCGACUAGAAAUAAAUGUGCUGGAGAAAAUCAACGAGAAGGAUCCUGAGAACAAGAAUCUAUGUGUCAGGAUGUUUGACUGGUUUGACUACCAUGGCCACAUGUGCAUCUCCUUCGAACUGCUGGGGCUCAGCACUUUUGAUUUCCUGAAGGACAACAACUAUCUGCCAUACCCCAUCCACCAAGUGCGGCACAUGGCCUACCAGGUGUGCCAGGCUGUGAAAUUUCUGCAUGACAAUAAACUUACUCACACUGACCUCAAACCCGAGAACAUCCUCUUUGUGAAUUCUGACUAUGAACUCACCUAUAACCUGGAAAAGAAGCGAGAUGAGCGGAGUGUGAAAAACACGGCAAUCAGAGUGGUAGACUUUGGCAGUGCCACGUUUGAUCACGAGCAUCACAGCACAAUUGUCUCCACCAGGCAUUACCGGGCCCCGGAGGUCAUACUGGAGCUUGGCUGGAGCCAGCCCUGUGAUGUUUGGAGCAUUGGCUGCAUCAUCUUUGAGUAUUAUGUGGGUUUCACCCUGUUUCAGACACAUGACAACCGGGAGCACCUGGCCAUGAUGGAGAGGAUCUUGGGGCCAAUUCCUUCUCGGAUGAUCCGGAAGACCAGGAAGCAAAAAUAUUUCUACCAUGGCCGCCUGGACUGGGAUGAGAACACCUCUGCUGGCCGUUAUGUUAGGGAAAACUGCAAGCCAUUGCGGCGGUACCUGACUUCUGAGGCCGAGGACCAUCACCGCCUUUUUGACCUCAUUGAGAGCAUGCUGGAGUAUGAGCCGUCCAAGCGCAUCAGCCUGGCUGAAGCCCUCAAGCACCCGUUCUUUGACAUGCUGGAAAUGGAGCCAAGCACAAAAAUGUGGGACUCUAGCAGAGACAUCAGCCGGUGACGCCACAGGUGCCAGCCUGCCCUCAGAUUCUAGCCCCCGUGGAGGCCUGUGUGAUUUCUAUUCAGACAUUUGGUGCUUUUUUUAUACAUAAACUCCCUGGACACGUUUGUAAAGCUGUUAAUAUGUGAGAUACUGUAAAUAGCCCAUAUUCUCUGUCAGCCUCUGAGCACCACAACCUCCUGCUGUUGCUGCUGCCGCUAUCAUGAGGCGAGGGGCUUGUAUGUCCAUAUUGUAAAUACCUCUGUUCAUGUGUUGCUUUGUCUCCUGUUCUCUCCUGCCCGCCUCAGUGUAAAUACUCCAGGACUCGCAGCUCUGUAGUUUAUCUGUUUCCUUGUAAGUUAUGAAACCGGUGGGAUUGCAUGGGAAUUAUUUUUUGGAUCAAUGUCAUAGCCCAUCCCCACACCAGAGUUUUAUAAGAAUUUUGUACAGUCUUUGUGAAAAAUAAAUAUGAAGUGAAUAAACCUUCUGGCCUGUGCUUGGACCA